AUGGGUCUCAUCAAGCAUGGCCUAAUGCGAGCCUUGCUCAGCACUAUCAUGCUAGAUUCAGUCCUUGGAACACCAACUCUCUCCCAGAUAUUCGGACGAGAAGCUGCAUCCACAGCCACAGCUGCCGACGCAGCAAGUACCUGUAAUGGCCGUACAGAGUAUUGCACGCGGUCCUAUUCGAAUAUCACAUUCAUAGGCUCACACGACUCAGCCUUCGUCGGUUCACUCCCGCAGCAGAAUCAGAAUAUCGACAUCACCGCGCAGCUUGAUAUGGGCAUUCGGUAUCUGCAAGCGCAAACACACAAGUCACUGCUCGACGACACCGUCCUAGAGCUGUGUCACACAUCAUGUCUGCUCGAGGACGCAGGAACCCUUAAAGCAUACCUUUCCACUAUCAAGAGCUGGCUAGAUGACAACCCCAACGAAGUGGUAACCCUUCUUCUGACAAACGGCGACUCUUUGGAUAUCUCCAUCUUCGGCAGCACGUUUGUCAGCGCCGGGAUCGAUAGCUACGCGUUCGUGCCCUCGUCUGAACCCUUGGCUUAUGCCGAUUGGCCUACGCUGGGCGAUCUAAUUGACAGCGGCAAGAGACUAAUCGCGUUUCUGGAUUACGGCGCCAAUACCGGCACAGUAAACUAUGUCCUUGACGAAUUCGCAUAUUACUUCGAAACACCGUACGAUGUAACAGACUCUACUUUCUCAAACUGCAGCAUCGAUCGACCGGCCGGUGCCUCCGCCUCGGGCCGUAUGUACCUUGUCAACCACUACCUAGAUGUGGAUAUCUUUGGCGUUGAUAUUCCAGACCGCGAUAAGGCAAGCACUACGAAUGCGGCGACGGGAGAUGGUAGUUUGGGUGCGCAGGCAACGGAGUGUGAGGCGCUGUAUGGUCACGCGCCUAAUGUGAUGUUGGCGGAUUUUGUGGAUAAAGGGGAGGUUAUUGAAGCACAGAAUGAGCUGAAUGGGUUUAGCUCGUAA